CGUAUUGAUUUUGUGUAAAACAUGAAUAUAUACACAGUAUACAUGUACCAUGGAAUAACCAAACGUAUGGGAUAACGAUACAUUUUACAAAAGAACACAGAGUGUGAUCGUGCAAAUGGACGUUCUUGGAUUUAUUGACUUGCCAGGAUGGAUUCUUACUAUUAUCAUCUUAUUAAUUACAUUAUAUUUAUAUUCGUUAUGGUAUCACAGCCUGUGGAGUCGAUUGGGGAUUCCAGGACCAAGACCAAUACCUUUUUUGGGAAUUUUACCUCGUUAUAAACAGGGAUUCGCAAAAACGGACCUAGAACUAGUUAACACGUACGGGUCAGUCGUAGGAAUUUACCAUGGUCACCUGCCCGUACUGUUAGUAUCUGACCCAGAGAUGGUGAAGGAAAUAUUCAUAAAAGAGUUUUCCAAUUACACCAAUAGACCAAUCCCAUUCAAGAUGGACGAACAUAGUGCUUUCAGUAUCGGUACUGCUAAAGAUAAUCAUUGGAAGUUUCUCCGCAGUACAAUAUCACCUACAUUCUCAUCCGGGAAGUUGAAACUGAUGGUCCCAAAAAUACAAAGGUGUUGUACAAAUCUAGUUGAAAACAUUCAACAGCAAAGUAAACAAGGAGAGCCAGUCGAUAUGAAGGGAGUAUGUGAAGCGUUUACUAUGGAUGUUAUUGCCAGUACUGCCUUCGGUAUCGAUGUUAAUUCACAGAACGAGCCAAAUAACCAGUUCGUAAAGCACGCCAAAGCUGCUGCUCUCGGUGAAAUAUUAAAACCUAAAUUUUUUCUUAUAAUGAUGUUCCCAAUAUUGAAACAUUUUUUCACGAUAAGCAUCAUAAAGAAGGAAGCUGUAGAUUUUUUCAGAUCGGUUGUAGAGUCUGCAAUUGAACUAAGAAAAAAAGGACAAGAAGUUUAUAACGAUUUUCUUCAACUAAUGUUAAACGCACGACAUGAUGAUAAACAAUCGGAUUACUUCACGAUUGGUGAUCUCAAAGAAUUUAAAAACAGAGGGUUGAACAAUAAUGAAGUGAAAGAAAAUGCUGUGAAUUUUUUUGUUGCUGGUUAUGAUACAACAGCUAAUACAUUAGCUUUUGCCUGUUAUUGCCUAGCAACAAACCCUGAUGUCCAAGACAAAUGUUUGGAGGAAAUAGAUAACAUUUUUCAUGGUGAAAGACCACAAUUCGAAGAUCUUUCCAAAUUAGAAUAUUUAGAUCGAUUUUUCGAUGAAGUACUUCGUCUUUAUGCUUCAGCGGUGCGAAUUCAACGAGGAGGAAAACAGGAUAUAACAGUUAAAGGUGUUUAUAUUCCAAAAGAUGUAGACAUCUCUGUACCUUUGUAUGCCUUACACAGAAAUUCUGUUUACUGGCCGGAUCCUGAAAAGUUUGACCCUGACAGGUUCACAGAGGAGAAUAAGGCAAAAAGACCAGACUGUGCAUUUAUUCCAUUUGGUGUUGGUCCAAGGAUAUGUAUAGGAAUGAGAUUGGCAUUGAUGGAAGUAAAAAUGGCAUUAGUGUUUUUGUUACAGAACUUUUCUUUUUCGCCUUGUGACAAGACAGAGAUCCCCAUUGAGCUGGAAACCGGAGGAUUAAUACGUGCAAAGAACGGCAUUUUAUUGAAAAUCAAUUAUAGAGAGAAAACUAAAACUUUUUAAUGAAAGAUUUCAAAUUACUCUAUGAUAUCGGUUUUAAGAUAUAAAUAGUGAUAUGCAGAAAGCUAUCCUCAACAUUAGACGCUACAUUUACUACUAAUAGAACUGCUUUUAUUUUUUCACUGAUUUAUAUAACUGUAGACGUUCCCACGUGUUAGCCCUUAGACCCAAAUUACCUUUCUUCAUGAAUGGCAUUACUUAAAGCGACAGAUUACGAGACUUUCUAUUUGUCAUGUGCAAAAAGUGUCAGGAAAAAAGGUUAAGUGGAUUUCACUUGGCUCUGUCUCUCGUUACAUGAAAUAGUGGUAAUUUUUGUA